CUGUUCGUAUCUUAGACUUCGUCAAACCAUUAUCUGGGGUCAAGGUACUCAACAUCAGACAAAAUGCAUCCUUCACGUUUGAUCUUCCACCACCAUUAUGGUUCUUUGUAGCCAUAGAAUCGCUCUCCCAGGCUCUCCUUCCACUUGUGCCCUCGAUACCGCAAUCGUACCCUUGCCUUCGUUUCUACUUACUAUAGCCCUCCUGCCACUAUUCUUUUGCUUGAAGAAGAAAUUCACAGAAAACGUCAUUCGGCUUCCGUAUCCCUACUGGCUCCAUAAUGUCUACCUCGUCCUGGUCUUGGCAGCUUUUGCAAUGACAAUUUUGGAGAUGACUCGACUUUCUGCUCAGGAUCUAGGUGUUGGGUUACUGCCGGUGACACCUAUCGCGUUGUCUAUUGUCAUGGUCGUGUUAUGGGUAGAACGACGGGGUCGUACACGGUUCAUGUCUGUGACAUUCUGCUUGUAUUGGCUAUUCCUUGCCGCCGUGGAGACAGUGAAGGUUGUCAGAUUGAAUGUCCUUGAUGAAACCAUCCCGAACAAAGCAUCAUCACCAGAGUAUCCUGCCUCCGAUCAGCUACUUGACAACGCUGUUAUGGUCGCAUUAUAUUGGCUUUUCUUCAUUUUUGAGCUCUACACUAGCUUAAGGAUGCGUGAAGUCAAUAAAACGCAACCUUAUAUUCUACACGACCUACCGUAGACCCGUCAAAAGCGCCAUCAAAACGUCAUGUCCGUAUUAAUAUUGUCUGUUAUAACAUAUAUAGGUUUCUAUCGGUGUAUCAGUAUUUAUUCCGUUGAA